CACACCUCACCCCGACCCGUAUGUCAAGCAGCUAAGUCGGACCCACAUAGGCUAGGUGAGGACCUUCCACGCCCACCCUCAGCUUCGCACACGCGUGAUCACGCCAUACUCAGCACGAGGCCAUCCCCCAGGGACCUCGUUACACACCUCGCCCGCUCGACAGAGAGGGAAAGAGGGUUUCUGUUUUGAGGACGCCGCAAUGGCUAGCUCUACGGGGGACAGCAGCAGCGUUGUCGGCUCAGGUUUCGAACUGUCGCGAAUUAUCGAGGAGCACAGGCGCCAGGACGAGAAACGCCGCGUCAAGCGGGCGGCGAAUCGCAAGUCCGCGAGCACGAGCCGCGCGCGAAAGAAGGCGUACGUGGACGACAUGACCGCCAAGAACGAGCGGAUGAAGCAGCACGCCCUGGUCCUGUCGAUGCUACCGGACCUCGUCCUAGCCGUGUGCCGCACCGGCGAGAUGACGUACGUCUCACCGGCCUGCCAGUGGCUGCUGCUGCACUCGCCCGAGGACAUGACCGGCGCAAACAUCUUCGAGCUCGUCGCGCCAGAGUGCCACCCGCUGCUGCGCAAGAUCAUCUCGGACAACCUGUCGCGUCCAGUCAAGUCCAUCGGCGGUGGGGCGGCGGCGGCGGGGCGGCGGGCGGCGGGGAGCUGGUCUUCGGCUAAAUCCUUGCAAGGCGAGGGCUCUGCGGAUGGAGACGGGGUGGGGGGGGGCGCCGAUGCGACCGCUGGAGACGGCGAGCCGCAAUGCCGCGAGAAAAAGGGGGGGAACCACAGGGAACGUCCCCAGCAGCGGUGUCGACAGCCGCAGUCUCAGCCGGGGGAAUGCGGCGGAAUUGGAAACGGGGGCAGGGGGGGGGGCGCUCCGACGUCGUCGUCGUUGCAAGGGCCGCCGAAGAUGAAGAUGCUCAGAGUUUUCCGCGGCGAUAAGACCACGGUGUGGUGCGAAGGCCGGCUGAGCGUGCGGAACGCCAAGAGCCACGAUGGCUACAGCACGGCCGCCCCCGUCCCGCUGGAGAUCGUCCUCACCCUUCGCACGGUAGCGGAGGGCGGAAAGACGGCCGUAGCGCGCGAGUUCGCGGGCGGCCAGCUUUCCAUGGCAACGGGCCCCUCCUCAGCGUCGGCGGGGAAGGCGUGUGCUGGUAUGGGGGCGCCGGCGCCGGCGCCGGCGGAUGCAGACGAUGCGGAUCGAGAGGAAGACGCGGAAGAGGAGUACGUUGAGGCAGACGACGACGGCUACCAGUGCGAGGUGGAAGCGGCAGAAGAAGACAGCAACAACAGCGGCAGUGGGAACGAUUCGGGCACGAGGGGGGGGGGGGGCAAGGGAAAACGCGCCGUUGUUACACCAAGCCCUCGGGGCUUCAGCGGUGCAAGCGUCAAGCAGGAGCCCGAGGCGACCGGCACUCCGAAGAUGGCCGGGGCGGCGGAGGCGGAGGCGGAGGCGGCUGACCCCGCGGUUGGCAGGGAAGAGCGGUCGCUCUCGAAGAAACGGCAACGCGUGAGCCUCAGCAAUCGCAUGGACGAAGAGCUGAGCGGCGGCGGAGGCGGUGGCGGCGCGGACAAGUGUGGCGAGGACAACUCUUCCACCGGGGGAGACACGGGAGGUUUUACCACCCACGAAGGGAGCGUCUCCUGCAGCAACGAAGCUGACUCAACCGGGGAGGGCUGGAACAACGAAGGCUCGAGCAAGUGGGGAGAUGGGGAUGGCGGCGGCGGCGUGAACGCGCCGGAAGGGAGGGAUUCGUACCGGGAUUGCGGCAACAGCAGCGAGGACGGUGACAGGGAUGUUGACGGUGUGUCCGAAGAAAGCACUUCGGCGGGAAGAACGGAGUUCGGAGACGACGUCCAGAAUGCGGUUCAGAGUCUCAUCUUGAUGGGGGGCGACUACAGCAACAAGGCGGCUCAAUGACGAUCACUUCUGCUCGUUCGUUCGCUGCUGCUGCUGCUGCUGCUCACAUCAGUUUCUAGGAUAGGCCGUUUCUCGUUUGGUGAACCAUUCCGUCGAGAAACGCAGGCGUGUACGUAUGCACAGGUGUCUGUUGUUGUAACCGUUUUCCAGUUUCCGUGUUCUUGUAUUCGGGGUGGAUGUUUUUUCAGUCAAGGCACCGUUUGCUUUGCUGCCUAGGGCUAGGAGUGCCGGCAAAAGCUCAGUGGUGCGAUAUACUGCGGAAGUUGUGUUUUGCAGAAGAUGGCUUCCUUGUUUGCUUGCCCCUCUGUUGUCCUUCGUGGGUUGUCCUGCUGAGGUUGUCUAUGUAAGCAGGCAACGGCCGGGUGUGUAAGUAUUGGAAGCACAAUAGAGACGUUUCAUUUGGGAAUAACCGUUUCAGAGUGCAUGCUGAGAGAGGUCAAUCUCAUCAAAUGCAAUGCAGGCGAUAAUCGCACACGGGCACGAGCAGAGAGAGUUAUCGAGGGGCGUCGUUUUCUCUUCAUGCGAAGAGUGAUGCUCCUGCUGCUUCUUGCGAGCAUACUUAACCCAUUUGUCUCCCAGGGAGGUAGGCGUGCGCGCUUCGUCGUUGAUUUCAUUUUGUCUGUUCGUGGAAGAAGAGCACGGAAGACAAUUUUUCGUAGGGUAGGCGCACCCACCUCAUAGUUACUUGUCCCCUUGUCCUUUGACACGUGAAGAGAUGAAGAGUCAACCAUGUAGGUUUUUCCUUAUAUACCAAAGUGGGUCUUGCCACAGGGAGCUCCCGAUGAUGAAGAGCAGUGGCGACUUGAGAGCUCGGCCCGCCACGGACGCAUUCCUCGAGACUCGUUGGUCACGAAGAACACUUGCGUACUGCUGUUGAGGAAGUACUUAUUUGAUUGCAAUGACGGCGGUGGCAAAAUUCGCGGGCCCGCCGAUAUGCAUAGCCCCAGCAAUUUUGUUCACGAAGUUUUGGACUGUUUCAUCUGCAACCGAAUCUAGUGUGGGCUGACGAGGAGGAGUGCCGAUGGGGAUUGAUUGUCGUGUAUAGUAUACUCGGGAGUCGAAACGAAGCUUGCGCGGAGGAAGAGGUGAUGGAAUGAAACCAUAUUUUCAGCUUUGCGUAGCAAGCACACGUUAAUAAACCAUGCAUGGCACCAAGUGGGAAGCGUCCUCCUUUAUAUUUAUUUUGUUUAAUUUUGAUCGGUUUUCGAGGGCUCUAUUCUCGAACGGUCGGUGCGGUACCUGUUAUUUCCUUUUUAUCAGUUUGUUUUCUCUUCCGAAUAGUUUGUACCCUUUUUUUGUUUUGUUUCCCCGCGG